GAUGGACUGAGUCGCGGUGGCGGCCCGCGCCGAGUCGGUCGUGGCCCGGCACCGGGUGCCGAAGCGCGAGGCCGGGCUCCGGGUAGCAGGACUCAUUCCCUAGACCCUUGUCCGGCUGGCAGCCGCGCGUGGGGGAGAUGUCCGGGGGCCGGAGGAGGGGCGGCGCCCCUUGGCACAGCUUCUCCCGGUUCUUCUCCGCCCGCAGUCCUUCUCGGGACAAGGAAGAGGAAGAGGAGGAGAGGCCGGGGGCCGUUCCGCCGCCCGCUCCGGCCCGGGCCGCCGCCAGUGUUGAAAAUGAGCCUCUGAAUACCAGUCAGAAAAAGGAAAAUUUACUUUCAUCAGAAACGGUAAAGAGCCCCCAAAGUGAGGAUGGAAGGAACCAUGCUGAGAAGCUUAUCACGCAGGAAGAGGCCAAGAAGCCAAAUGACCUUUCCAGUUCCUCUGCGGAUACCAAAACAGGAGAAAGUGAGCGGCAGCCGAAAGAAAGCUUUUUCCAGUUUCUUGGUAACUUAUUCAAUAUCUCAGGAAAAUCAUCCCCUGGAGAAGCCAGGCAAUCUUCUUUCAAAGAUGAUCCUGACAAAAGCGAGAAAGAUCUUCGGAAUCCCAGUGAUAGUCCAGAGGAAGGGACUGAAAGGAAAACCGAGAUUUACAGCAUCUCCUUGGAUACUCAGGCGCUUCCAGCGGAACGGGAGUCCAACUCAACUGAACUCUCAGAUUCUUUGGAUACGACACAAGACAGUGAACAGGACAUCUGUGAUUUGCUAGAACAAGUGGAUGGUAAACCAGAGAAACCUUCAGUAACAUACGCAACAUAUCAUGGGCCCAGACACGUUAGAAAAUAUAUGAAACAACAGACUGUGUUAGAAACUGUGAAUCCCUUGGGCAGAGAAGAUGAAAGCUCUGACUCUAGUACAAGUACACAUACUGGUCCUGGAAGUGAGACUGAGAGUGGAAUAAUUCCAUUGCUGUCAUCAGCCAACAAAGAUGUGUCUAUGAAAGAACAUUUGUUAGGAGACCCAUUAGAAGAUUCUGGUUGUUGCAAAAUAAAUCGCAAGACAAAGAGCCAUCUGACAGACAAUCCAGAGCUGCCAAACACUGCUGCUGCUGAGGAUAUUUUAACUAAAAAUGAUCCUGGAGAACCUGAGAGGAGCAAAUCACACCUUUAUUCUUUGACUCACUCCAACUCUGCUGUUGGAGAAUCUGACUCACAGUCCUAUUUAAGUUGUGUACCUGUUUCAGAGAUUAAAAGCAGUCUGGUCUGUUCACCAUUGUGUCCUGGAAGUAACAAUAGCAUAGAUGCUAAUAGUGCAGACUUUCAGAAGGUAGCAACUACCACAGAAACUACGGCAAUAGAAAAUAACUUUGUGGUGAGUGAUGAGACAUUAGUACAAAGACAAGAGCCUACUGAGCUGGAGAACCCUGCUAUUUCAGAUUUCUCUUGUAAUAAAUCUGAUGAAAGUUACACUGCCAAACAGGAAAACGCUGAUUUGCCAACUCCAAAUAAAUCAGUUAGGCACGAAGGGCUCCAGGUGCCAGAGAGCAAGUGUUCUGACAAGCAAACAGUAGAUAACUCAUCAAAGCAGGCUGCCAGUCACACCAGCACCAUUGCUCUUCAGAGACAUGUUGUGACAGACACAUUUCUUGUAAAUGAAGGAAACAGGCUAUCUGCCCAAGACUCACAAAAAGAUUUGGGGAUCAGAGAAAUUGGGCAAGGAACUGAAACCAUUUCAGUUGGUGAACCCACAAGUCAUGUAAAGGUGCCAGAAGAUAAGAUGGAGCCAUUACCCAAAGACCACUUGCUUGCAACAGAAGCCAAGGAGCUUCAUUUCAAGGCACGUAGUGAGAUGGAGAUGCCUCACUGUUAUAGAAUAAAUCACAAGGACCCCGAUGGUGUAAAAUACAUUAGUGACUCAGCACCAAUAGCUUGCUUAGAAAAUAAAGCAGCACCUGUGCUGAAUUUUGAACUUGAUAGAAGUCCUACUUCUUUACCUCUUGCUGACUCUGAGAAUGCUAAGCAAGCCAAAGUGUUAUCUGAUGCUAAAGCAUCUCUUACUCUUGAUGGUAAAAACCCAGAUCUCAAUGCUUCAUCUCCUACAUUUAUCUCUGGAGUUGACAUGCUCAGCAGUGUGGAUAGCCCUGUUUCAAAAGAGGAGGGGUCUUUUAUACUCACUGAAAGUGGGGAUGUCAACAUGGUGGUCAUUACCAGUCAGCCCAAUAAGAGUCAAGAUGUGUCAAGAUGCCACAAAGAUGAGGCAAAUUGUGUUGAGGACGAAGACUCGAAGAAUCCAUCUGCUUGCCAUCACCUGGAGCAUUCAUCUGCAAUACUUGAAUCCAGAGAAGUCCUUCCUUAUCGGGAAAAUUGCCAGGUCCCACUGGAUCCUGAAGACAGUAACCCCCUCUUAACUAAAGACUUGGGAUUUGAGUUUAAAGAUCAGUCUGAGGACAGCAGUUCCACCUUAUCUCAAGACUCUAGUCAAGCAGAUUUAAAGUUUUCACAUAGUAAAGCAAGAAAGCAAGCUAUAGAGAAACCCAAUCAUCGUUCUGUGGAAAUGAAAAAUGAUGACAUUGCUAACAUUUCAUCAGAAGCUGAAAUUGAUGGUCAGAAUAGUGUGCCUGUUGAAUCACACCCUGCAAGAAGAAAAGCUGAGACAGCCUCUAAGAUCUCUGUUUCUCAAGCAGAAGCCAGAGACAUUUUUCAGGAUAAAAUUUUUUCUACUGUAGACAUUAUAAAUAUGCAAGCAACAUCUGUUUUAUCAGAAUUCACCUCCCCAGAGGUUGAAAAGGACAAAAAUCUUCAAAUGAUGGAUCCCAAGGAGAUUAAAGAGAAGUAUUCAAAUGUUGGCCCUAAACACAAUUGCCCGUUUGAAGUUUCUUCUUCUUCCAAGUGUCAAAAUGUGCAGGAAAUAGAAGUAGAAAUCUCAGAUCCUACUCCUAUUUUUCUCAAAAGUACCACAUCAGGGAUUUUACCUCUUGUUCAUGAUGAACAAGUCUCUAAGCAGAUGACACAGGAUUAUGAAGCCAACGCAUGUGCUAAUUGUCAAUCAUCAGAUAUCUGUGGGACAAAACGGAUUUCUGGUUUUGCAGAAACAGCAGAACUCAGCUUAGAUAAUAAUUCACCAGAAUUCCAAGAAACUGACAGCACAGAAGUUAAUUCUUCUUUUCUAGUUUCUGAUAGCAAUUUGGAAAAAAAUGCUUUUGCAUCAGAGGAUUCAAGUUUUCAUAAUACCCCUUCUUUGCUAGCAUCAGGAAAGAAAACCUCAUUUCAAAGGAAGAAAGAAAGCACUCAUUUCCUAACUGGUAGCAAUGUUAACCUGUCUUCUGUUAGUAACUCUGAAGAAGUUAGUUCACUUAAUUCCCCAGAUAGUUUUGGUUCUGGACAAAUUACCGUCAGUGUCUCACAUGCAGGCACCUCCUUAACCAGUCUUCCAAAACCUAAUGACACUUCCUUGGAAUUUGACACGUCUGUCCUAACAGGGGCUACAAUGAUCCCAUUUCAGGACUGUUUGGGGAUUCAUCCUGAGAAGGCAUCUCGUGAUUUUCCAACUGCUACCCAUUUUGGCAGCCCCACGGGAGCAGAGAAUGAUGGAGCAGUUACUGAGACUCCAAUGUCAGUUAACAGCUCAUGCCAGCAGUGUUCUGAAGCAUCUACUGAGCACCUAGAAACAGGGAGGACAGCAGGUGACCAAGUUUUGGGCACCGAAAGUGGUUUACGUAAGAAGGCCGAUCCAUUGACUGGUGAGAUUUUCAGUUCUCUCGAGCAAGAACUGAAACCCAGACUUACAGUCGGUACCUGCCAAGAGCAUUUAGCAGCAGACAGCAUAAUGAAUCCAGGUACCAUGAAAGAUGUCCCUGAGAAAUUCCCAUCAGGCACAUCACUGACAGGGACACAGUCAACAGAGUACUUGGAAGAAGAGGACCUGGAAAUCAUGCUAGAAGUCAAAGGGGAAGAAAAGGCCAGUGUCUCAUCUACAGUUGGUGAGAAGAACCUUAUUGAUUCUGAUAGGAUGAGUGUAUCUUGUUUGUUAGAAGUUCAAGCUAGAGAAUUAGUCAGUGAUAUUAUUUCUUCCGCCCAAGAAAAAUUGACAAAUGAAGCUGUUGAAGGUACCUGGGAAGCUGACCUUAAAGAUAAUACUUCAAAAAUUCUGAAAAGUGAUGGUAUUAAACCACAUGAUAUAGUAAGGGAGUUCCUAGUGUCAGAACAGGAAGUAAAUCGAAGCAAAUGUGAAAUUAGUGAAAAUAAGGUAUUACGUAGAUUUUUCUCUGUAAGUAACUUAGCUGGAGACACUGAGUCAAUUAAAGGAAGAGAAAUUGUUCUCUAUCAGAAAUCCCCAUUUUCUGGAAAUGGAGCUGGACAGUGUGGUAGUAAACAUUUGCAGGAAUCAGAUACUGUUUUAUUAGCUGAGGACAUGCUCCAUAGCAGAUUUGAUGAUAAGGUGAAAACACCUACAUUUGCCAACGAGGACUGUAAAAAGAAAAUGGAAACAGGGUGUGAGGAUAAUCACAAAACCAGGACAGAGGAUGUAAGAGCACUUGUUUUAAAUUACCAGUGGCCUGCAUUUUUGAGCGAUGACCGUCUUGUGCCCGGGACAUCCAAAAGCAGUUUUUCUGAUAGUCUUGUAUGUAUAGCUGAAAAAAACGUGCUAGGACACAGUAGUAAAAGUGCACCCAAUGUAAUAACAGAAGUAGGAAAAGUACACAAAACAGAUACUGGAGUAAAUUUAGGGACUAUUGGACUUAUACCUUCAAUGUUAGAAAUGGGAAAAGAAAACAAAAAGGAUGCUGAGUUGAAUAUUAAAAAAUAUGAAGCAGUCUCUCCUGUGUUAGAAAUGGGAAGAACACAUAAAAAUGAUGUUGAAUUGAAUACCACGAAAAUGGAGUCAACAGCUAAUAUUUUUAAAAUGGAAGAAAUCUGUCAAACAGAAGCAGAGAGGUAUAUUGAAAAAACUCAGGGGUUACCUGUCAUCUUAGGAAUGGAAGAUGCUUGUAAGAUGAGGGAUAGUGAAGGGGAUAUUGGGAAAGUGGAUGUGACACCUGUUAUGUCAGAAGUAAAAAAAGAUGAGGAUAUUACUGGAAUGACUGAAAUGGUACCAGUUUCAUUAGAAAUUGAAAAUAUUUACCAAAAACAUGCUGAAGGGGAUGUUGGUAACACUGUGGUAUCAUCAGUUAUGUCAGAAAUGGAAAAUAUCUACCAAAAGGAGACUGAGGUUAGGAUAACUAGAACAUCAGAAGUCAUACCCCUUACAUUAGAAAUGGGAAAUACUUACCAAAAGGAUGCUGAAGGGGAUACGGAGAAAACUGAUGUGAUUCCUGUUACAUUAGAUGUGGCAAAUAUCUACCAAAGAUAUGCUGAGGAAAUCAGUGGACAGAUGGAAGGACCUAUGUUGGAAAUGGAAAACACUUACCAAAAGGAAUCUGAAGGGCUUAUUCUAAAAACAGAAAUGGUGCCCUGUUUAUUAGAAGGCAACAAAACACACAAUAAGGCAACAUCUGCCUCUUUAGAAGAGGAAAAAACAUGCCUGAGUGAUACUGAAGAGAUGGUGGGAGCAAUUGUGUCUGUGCCUUCAGUGACAGAAGUGGAAGGAACAUACAUUGAGCAGUCUGAUGAGAUUGUUAGAAACCAUGAAGUGUGCCCCAAAGUGGUUCCCUUUGAGAAAACCUAUGGACCAGCUCCAGAAAUGCCUAUUACACAGGCAGAGGGCAUGCCUUCCCUAUUUGAAAAAGAAAACACAUUUCAAAAAUAUUCUGAUGGGAUGGUUGGAGGAUUGAAGGAUGAAGAGUCCACCACAAUUAAGGAAGGUUUCAUAGGACGUGAGAGUAGACUUGCCUCAUAUUUUAGGGGAUAUGAAUCACCUUCCGUUGGUAAGGUUUAUGAAGGAUGCCCAGCCCGGCCGGAUUUUCAACGUGAAAAUACCAGAAGGAGGAGAUUGGAAAGAAUGUCCUCUAUGGCAGUGGAUGAUGAUGUAAUAUUUCUAGAUUGUGGCCGUGAGAAAGAAGAAUCAAGCUUAACCUUUAUUUCUCAAGAUGAACAAGAAAACUCUUCCUUUACUAUAUUGUAUGAUGAACCUCUUCAAGAGGAAGAUACAUAUCCUGCUGCUGAAGUAAGAACACAGUCUAUUAUGUUUCCUGAUACAUCCACCAAUAGCAUGCAUGUUCUUGCAUGUGAGCGGUCUGAAAGUAGAACUGACCUUGUGCACCAUUUCGAAAGAGAUGCUAAGUUAGAUGAGGCGCUAGAGAGUGAUAGUUCAGAAAUGUUCUUAACAGUGGAGGCCAAGAGGUACAAAAUUUAUCCCUUAUCUUUGUCCCCCAUUUAUGAGGAUGAUAGUUCUCAGGAGGACAUGCUCUCCAGUGAGGUCUCACCUGGUCACCAUGGCUCCACAAAGUCAAGAGAAAGUGCAACCCAGCCCUCUUCUGUCUUAUCACUUCUCCAGUCAGUAUCAGAGCGUCUAAAAAUGAAUUUUGAUGAAGAUGUCCAACAGGAGGUGGAGGAAGAUGAGAAGGGUGAGGCUAGGGAUGAAGAGCAAGAGGAAUCAGUGCACACAGGAAGUCUGAGGGCUGGAAGGAGAGAACCCAUUUCCUUCAAGCGGUCAAAUUCUUCCAUCAUAUUUUACCCUGAAGAUGACCAGGAAAGGUCUGACAUUUCUAAGAAUAAACAUGUCAUGUCCAGCGAACCUACUACCUCCAACUUGCAAAUUGGUCUGUGGCCAGAAAAGGCCUCAUUUCUACAAAAAUCUGACCUUACUUCUAAGCUGCAUUCUUCUUUAAAGAGUGUUUAUCAUCAGUAUUUGCAAGCUUCUAAAGUCCAUUCUUCUGAAAAAGGAGCCAAGUAUAGUGGGAAUUUUCAAGAACCAGUCUCAAAAUAUUUCCAUGUUCAAGACAGCUCAGAAAGAUUAAGCCUGUACACAGAGAAUGUUGACAAACAAACUCUGAAGUGUAACCCAAGACCUGGAAAGAUAAUUAUCUAUGAUGUCUGUGGAAGUAAAUAUAAGCAAGAGAUCUACUGUAAUAUUCCUGAUGCUACAUCAUGGACCUUUCCAGAUGAGAUACUGAUUAAAGUUGUAAGGGGUUGUUGGAUUAUAUAUGAGAAACCAUAUUUCCAAGGCCAAAAAUGUGUGCUAGAAGAAGGGGAAAAAGUUUUAAAUCGUGACUGGAUCCUUCAGAGCAGAAAGCAUCCACAGAAAAAUUUUGUUUUAGGUUCUAUCAAGUGUGUCCUAAAGGAUUGUAGCAUUCCUGAGAUAGAGCUUUGCCCACAGUCUGACCCAACAAGUUAUCCUAUCUACAUACAUCGAGCAGUUCCCAAUUUGGAGGAACUAAAUAUCCCUAAGAAAAUGUUAUUCACUGUGAAGUCGGGAGUUUGGCUUGCCUACCCAGAUAUUAAUUUUAAGGGCCAAGCUACAGUUCUGGAGGAAGACCAUGGUCUCUAUGAGAUUUCUAUGGCAGAAAUGAAAUCAGUGCAUCCACUUCAUUUGGGUGGACUGAAAGUGGAAAUGCCUAUGAACUUAAAGAUUAUUAUUUAUGAAAAACCUUACUUCCAUGGACAAGCAAGAGAAUUUAACGAACACAUAGAUUCUGUCCCUAAUUUUUUAAAAGAUGAUGUGGACUUUGUUGGAAUUGGAUCAAUUCGUGUCAUCGGUGGAGUAUGGGUUGCCUAUGAAAAAGAACAUUUUAAAGGCCAGCAGUUCCUGCUUGAAGAAGGAGAUUUUGAAGACAGUAGUGCCUGUAGGGCAUUAAGUGGCCCCAUCUUGUCUUUUCGGUACUUACAAGCUAAUUUUAUAGAAUCUUCCAUCACGCUGUUUGAAUCUUACCUAGAAAGUGGGAAAUUUAUUGACAUUACAAAUCAGGAGAUUUCUGACCUCGAAGAAAUUGGCUUUGGCAGUGAAACAAAAUCCAUUCAUGUUAAAAGUGGAGUAUGGGUCGCCUACCAGCAGAAGUUCUUCUGUGGAGAACAGUACAUUUUAGAGAAGGGGAAAUACAAAUGCUAUUUUGACUGGGGAGGAUCAAAUAAUAUAAUCAUGUCAAUCCGACCUAUCCAGCUGGAACCACUUGGGAUAAAUGAGCCGCCACAUUUGCUCAAAGCAUUCAGCAAACCAGGUUUUCAAGGUGAAUGUAUAGAUUUUACAAAAGAAAUUUCUGAUUUGACUUCAUUUGUGCCAUAUUCCUUUAAAGUUCUUCGAGGUUGCUGGCUCCUGUAUUACCAAGAGGACAUAUCUAUUAAUCAGUGUGUGUUAGAAGAAGGCCUCUAUGCUGACCUUACUUCCUGUGGCUGCCCAACAUCUAGAAUCAGAUCCCUCAAACCCAUUGACUAUGUUUUUGAGGAGCCCUCUAUCAGUCUUUUUGCUCUGGAACAUUGUGAGGGAAGAGAAUUACAUCUAGAAGAUGCUGUGAAUUCUGUUUUGAACAAGGACCUGCACUUCUACACCCAGUCUGUGUGGGUGAAAAGUGGACUGUGGAUAGCUUACGAAGGCUCCAACUUCUUGGGGAAACAAAUCCUACUUGAAUCGAAUGAAAUCCCAAACUGGAAAGCAUUCAGUGGAUGGAAAACAAUUGGCUCCCUCCGCCCAGUUAAACAGCCUGCAGUGUACAUUCGAAUAAAGAACCGAGCCCAGGAAGAGUAUCUGACAGUGACUGGGAAUGUAGCUGACACGAGGGCAACAUCUGUAUGCAUUUCCCCAUACAGUGGGAACAACACUCAGAUCUGGCACUAUUGUCGGGGACUCUUUAAAUCCAAGGCCAGUGACACAUGUCUCGACGUGAUUGGUGGCCGGGACACACCUGGAGCAAAAGUGGCUCUAUGGACUGAACAUGGGCAAUCUAGGCAGAAAUGGAGACUCAACAGGAACGGAACCAUCAGUUCCUAUCUCAGCGACCAGCUUGUCCUUGAUGUUAAAGGAGGAAAUUACUACGAUAAGACUCAUGUCAUUGUAAAUCAGCCCCUGGAGGGAGAAGACACACAGAAAUGGGACAUUGAAAUAUUGUGAGAGAAUCCACACAUCUCUAGAAAGAGCAAAGGAAGAUGGAACCUUAUGGCCCACGGGAAGGAAACUAAUUGUCCUCAUACUCCUGGAUCACUGAGCAGAAUUAAUUUUUCUUGAAGCUCCAAGACCAUUGUUCUUAGCCAUGGAAAAGCUCAAAAAAUUCUUGCCGACUACUUCUUGCCAACUACUUAUUCAGUGUUUCUCUGAAGAGCGUUACAGUACCCAGGAAAGAUUCUAGUCCUGCUUCAUCCACAGGUUUUGGUGAGCAAGUUUCCUGAUUCUGGUUUUCUCUCUUAAACACGAGUCCUUGAGACGCCAUUAUAGGAGACACUGGUGACUCAAGUCAUUCCACUAAUCUGCUAGAUGUGUAGGAAUGCAAAUCAGAGACAUUCUUUUCGUAGGUUGGCAUACUUCUACAAAAAGAUGAAUAAUUAAUUUAUCACUAUCCAUAAAUAUUUAAUAAGCCUUCCUACUAAGCGGAUAUGUCAGAUAAUCCUGAAUGGUUCUCUGUCAAGACUUUUACUAGUUCAGCAUUGUAAGUAUUCCUAUUUAAGCCUUUUUCUUAAGAAAGCUGAGGUCAGUUACAAAUACUGGACUAUUUUCUGUGGCCCUUUCCUCAGUCUUUCAAACUUUCAAUAAUGAAAGCACAAGUAACUUAUGACCAUCCUUGCACUCUAAAAAGACACUGAGCUGGGGAAGUGCUGAGACCCCACCAAGAAUUUGCCCUCCAGGCAGCAUAUUCACUGAUGUAGUCCAUUUUUUCCUUUGAAGUAGAGGGAACUUUCAAAUGUUCAAAUUUAAACCAAGUCGUAUUCGAACUUUGAUAAACCAUUUUACAUUAAGUACAGAUGUAAAAAAAACGAUGGAGUUGAUUUCCUUCUGAAAUGACAGAAAACCCGGUUUUUCAUCUCCAUCGUAAAUGGCUUUUAUUUAAGCAAAAUCAGGUAGGACGGAUGUCAUCUUGACAACUUCAGGGAAUCAUUACCAGCUGCACCGAGCAAGUUGCAAGCACGUUCCCUCCCUGAGUUGGUGUAAACAGAGACAACUUUUCCUUUCACCCCAACUUUUGCCCCAGAGCAGAAAAUUGUCUGCUCUCUUUUUUAUAUAGAAAGAUGAAGUUCUCCGAAAAGAAAAUGAUCACUCUGUAUGUGCACUUUAGAAUGUAAAGUAACAGUGAAUUAUUUAAAUUCAAAAGACCCACUAUUUUGAGUAAUUUUAGAGCAAUGUGGUCUUUCCGUGUAAAUACUGGGGUUUGCCCUUCGGUCUCAGGCUCUUCUAUCAGACUCAAGCAGCAUCUGUAAAAAUCCUUUUGCCCAUAGAUGUGAGCACCUUUUUGUGGCAGUAUUAUUUUAUGUUAGAGAGGUAACUUUAUUGGGGGGAGGGGGCAGGGCAUGUGUAUACACAAAGAUAUGAAUAUGUAUAUUUUCAUUGUAAAAAAAAAAGUUAAAAAAUUUUUUCUUGUUCAUUGUUUAAAAAAAUUUGUAGACUUUUCUCACAAAGCCAGGAAAUGACUUUUCAAUUUAAAUGAUAAAUUUGUUGCAGUUGUGCCUUUUUUUACCACACUGGAGUAAAUAAACCAUCGAACUUACA